AUGGGUGAGGAAGUUCUUGCAAUGGUUGACUCGCCAGAGGAAGAGGUGGGGGCGGCGGGGGCUGCAAUGGCGGCUGCGGGUGGCGCGGGCCCGGCCAUCCUGCAGGUGGCCGGCCUCUACCGAGGCCUCUGCACGGUGCGCAGUCGGACCCUGGGCCUGGGGUUUGUUUCACCUGCUCAGCUGCGCGUGUUCCCCGUGUGCCGCGGCUCAGGCCAGCCCUCUGGGGGCGCGGACGGCAGCGGGGUCGCCGAGCUGGAGGCCAACCCCUUCUACCAGCGCUACCGGGACAAGAUCCAGCAACUGCGCAGGUCCGACUCAGCUGCUUUUGAGUCACGCCUGGAAAAGCGCACUGAGUUUCAAAAGCAACCAGUGGGGUACUCUAGGCAAGGUGAUUUUGUCAAAUGUGUGGAGCAGAAGACAGAUGCCUUGAAGAAACAGCUUGUGAGCAAAGGAUUCACUAAAGACAAGACUCUCAGUUCUAUCUUUAACAAUGAGAUGGUGAAAGACAAAACUGCAGAAGAAAUAAAACAGAUUUGGCAGCAGUAUUUUGCAGCAAAAGAUACAGUCUACGCAGUCAUUCCCAAAGAGAAGUUUGAUUUGAUGUGGAACCGGGCUCAGUCCUGUCCAACAUUUCUGUGUGCACUGCCAAGAAGGGAAAGUUAUGAGUUCUUUGUUGGACAAUGGACAGGUACUGAACUCCACUUCACUGCACUUAUAAAUAUUCAGACCCAAGGGGAUGCUGCAGCCAGCCAGUUGAUUUUAUAUCACUACCCUGAACUUAAGGAAGAAAAGGGCAUAGUGCUAAUGACAGCAGAAAUGGAUUCCACAUUUCUGAAUGUUACUGAGGCACAGUGCAUCGCCAAUCAAGUUCAGCUCUUCUAUGCCACUGAUCGUAAAGAAAUCUACGGGUUAGUGGAGAUGUUUAACUUCAGACCAAAUGAAUUCAAAUAUAUGUCUGUCAUCGCUGAAUUGGAGCAAAGUGGACUUGGAGCAGAACUGAAGUGUACUCAGAACCAGGAUAAGACUUAGAACUAUAAAGGCUGGCCCUUCACUAGUAAGCUCAGCCCUGGAUAGUAUAAGAAAACCACCCCCCAUCCCAGUCUCAAGAGCUCAGCAUCUAUAAUAAGCAAUCUGUAAACAGUUGCCCUAUGUGCUUCUUGCAAGAAGUGGUCAUGGAAAUGAGCCUUAAUACUUAACAUUCAGGAAUAAAGGUACCAACAUAUUUAAUAAUCACCUCUCAGCAUAUUUGAGGUUUCCUUUUAAAUGUUUCUAGCCAAGAGACAGCCAGGGGUCUUCAGGAUAGUUCAUUUGACUUCAUAUAAUAUAGUGCAGUUGCAUUUUGGCUACUGUGACUUGUAGCUUCUGGUUCUGCAUCUUUAUGAACUUUAGACAGGGUAAUGUUUGAAGACCUGCUGAAGUUAGAUGUGGGCUUUAUAUAAUCUUCCCAUAUGCCAAUCAGUUGGCCAAAGGCAUAAUCCCAAGUAUCCUGUUUAGUCUCUAAAGCAAGAAGAUAUUCCCAUCAGGAUAAAGAAUUCAUCUAGAUGCCCCCCAUAGUUAUUAUCUUUAGUGCAGCUGGUUUGAGGCAUCAACAAAUUUCAGAUACAGUUGUAUUAACAGGUACAGUGCCUAAAUAUUGUUGAACUAUCAAUUACAGCAUCUAUUCCUCUAGCUGUGCUUGCUAGAGGUUGUGUGUUUGAAGGAAGUAAAUCAGCACAGUGUAAAUAAAACAUUUUUCUAAGUAAAAGA